AUGGAUUCUGGCGAUCCUCAAGGCAACGAUGUCUCGACCCGGCAUGAGGAUGAUAUCGAACAGGAUGAUAUCAUCGACGGCCUGCCCUGGGCUACCGAACACCCGAGACCUCCCUCCCCAUUGGAAGAUGGUAACAUCGUUUCCAUGGAUGGAGCCAUGGAUCGCUGGGGAAAACGUAAGAAAUUCCCGGUAGCAGCUAUAUUUAUUCACGCCGGGGCCGGGUAUCACAGCGUUGCCAAUGAGGGCCUGCACCUGGAAGCCUGCAAUGAAGCUGCGCGUCUGAGCAUAAAACUCCUGCGAUCAGGCCAUUCGGCUGUGGAUGCUGUCGAGGCUGCUAUCAAAUCUCUCGAAGACAAGGAGAUUACCAAUGCUGGCUACGGAAGUAACCUGGCAAUUGAUGGGACGGUAGAGUGCGACGCCACCUUGGUCGAUCAUUUUGGUCGCAGCGGAGCCUGUGGUGCAGUUCCUAAUAUCAAGAACCCAAUCUCUCUGGCCAAGAUUAUUCUCCUGUCUAGUAACAAGCCCCUGUCUUUACGACGUGUUCCUCCGAAUCUACUCAUUGGAGAGGGCGCCAAGGAAUUUGCACGGGAAUCAGGAAUGCUACUGGUUCCCAAUCAAUUUCUCGUGUCAAGAAAUGCUAGAGACCGUUACGUUAGAUGGCAGGAAGAUAUGAGGCGGGCAGAGAGCAGAGCAUCUCAAUCUCUAUCGCCUAGCACAUACGACCGAGCUCUUGACGAUCGUGGUAACGAAAUUUGCCAAAAUGUACACCCGGAUCACACGACCGCUAUAUUGACUGGAACAUGGAAUGAAGGCCAACCAGAUUCUCCAGCUUUACCUUUUUCGCCAGCUGCUUCUUCGUCAGCUGCUUCUUCGCCGUGGGAUAACGAACCGCCAAUGCUAGUGAAAGCUAGUGCUACUCAAGUUUCACCCAAGACUCAUGUCGAGCGCAGCCCGCUUAGCUUCUUGGGAUCACUGUCAGGUUCGAAAACUGCGGCUGGAGAGAUAUUAUCUUCCGCUUCGAAGCGCCCACGAUUUAGCCUAGGCCCGAGCGACGAAUCUCUGAAGUCGAAUUCUAAUGCGUCGAUAUCUAAGGGUGUAACUAGGACAGGUCUUCAUGAUGGGGCUAGUUCGGACGUUCUUACAGACCCCUCCAUGCCCAAAGUUGGACAGGCUCCCGCCACUACGGCUAUGCCAUAUCUUGACAAGUCGCCGCCAUUCAGGACCGUCGAUCUUCGUAAGCAGGAGAAUAAAGACGUCGAUAAAAUCACCGAUACAGUGGGCGCAAUUGCCAUCGACAUGUCUGGAAAAAUUGCUGCUGGGUCAUCUUCGGGUGGUAUUGGCAUGAAGCAUCGAGGACGAAUUGGUCCGGCGGCCUUGGUCGGAAUCGGGACAGCCGUCGUUCCGAUCGAUGAAAAGGACCAAGACGGCGUCGCCGUCGCCGCUGUAACAAGCGGAACCGGCGAACAUAUGGCUACCACGAUGGCGUCGCAAAAAUGCGCUGAGCGGAUAUAUCAAGGGACGCGUCGCGGACCGGGCGGAAAAGACGUAGCCGAGGAUGACGAGAGCGCGAUACUCCAAGGCUUCAUUGCUAACGACUUCCAGGAACAUCCGGGCGUCAAAUAUUCUUCCUCGGCUGGAGCCAUUGGUGUCAUGGCGGUAAAGAAGGGGCCAUUGGGCUACUAUUUAUACUUCGCACACAACACCGACUCUUUUGCCGUGGCCUCGAUGGGUUCUAAUGACGUUCAGCCAGCUUGUGUUAUGUCGCGCAUCAAGGAAGGAAGUUCUGGUCUAGCUCGUAUUGCCCAAGGAGGCCGUAAAAUUCGAAUAUGA